AUGACAUCUGAAAGCGUCCCUGUCACUCAGUCGUUCAACCCUGAUUCUUAUACUCGUGAUGUACUGAUCAGGGACCACUUGGUGCGCCUUAAUUUUUGUCAUAGUUGCGGAUUUUUUCGCCCUCCGCGUUCUUCCCAUUGCUCGACUUGCGAUAACUGCGUCGAUCGUUUUGAUCAUCAUUGCCCCUGGGUCGGGAAUUGUGUUGGCCGGCGAAAUUAUCGAUACUUCAUUCUUUUUCUCUAUUCAUUGUCGAUAUACUGUGCUUACAUUUUUGUCUUCGCUGUAACAAACCUUGUUCUGCUUUACAAGAGCAAUGAGAACCUUCUAGUUGUGAUCAGAACUUCCCCUGGAUCAUAUCCUUUUGCUUCCUCUUCGCUUGUCUUCUCUGCUAUACCCCUGUGGAAAUCUUUCUAUCUUUUUUUACCUUAUGGACCGUAUGUGGAUUAUCCGGUUAUCACACUUCGCUUAUAUGCCGCGAAAUCUCAACUCAUGAAGACAUUCGGCGUUUUCCACGAGCGCUCCGUGAAGCAGGCCAUAGAAAUCCGUUCUCACACAAAAGCGGUUGUUCGAACUUUAUCUACUUCCUCUGUGGACCUCAGCAACCGAACUUCCUACGGGGAUGGCGUUAUGUUACUGGGAACUCAUGCUCUGACGAUGCUCAUGAUUUGGACAUUGUUCGAGCCAAUGUCACAUAGUUACUGA